GGCAGACCCCGCCACCCGCCCCGGCCCUAUCGGGCCGCCCCGCUCCCGGGCCCCGCCCGGCCCCGGCCCGCCCAGGCCGCAGUCCGCCCGCAGCAUGGAGCCGCAUCUCAGCUUCCGCGGCCGCCGGGCCCUGGUGACUGGGGCCGGCAAAGGGAUCGGGCGCGCCGUGGCCGUGGCGCUGAGCAAGGCCGGGGCCCGCGUCACCGCGCUGAGCCGCACCGCGGCGGACCUGGAGAGCCUCGCGCGAGAGUGCCCUGGCAUCGAGCCCCUGUGCCUGGACCUGGCCGACUGGGACGCCACGGAGGCGGCGGUGGGGGCGGCGGGGCCCUUCGAGCUGCUGGUGAACAACGCGGCCGUGGCGCUGCUGCAGCCCUUCCUGGAGGUAACGCGGGCGGCCCUGGAGCGGUCUCUUGAUGUGAAUCUUCGGGCUGUGCUUCAUGUUUCCCAGAUUGUUGCUCGGCAGAUGAUUGCACACGGGGUGCCAGGUGCUAUUGUAAAUGUCUCUAGCCAGGCAUCUCAGCGUGCUCUGCGGGAUCAUGCUGUUUACUGUUCCACAAAAAGUGCUUUGGAUAUGCUGAGCAAGGUAAUGGCAAUGGAACUGGGACCCCACAAGAUUAGGGUGAACACUGUGAACCCCACAGUGGUUAUGACUGACAUGGGGAGAAUUAACUGGAGUGACCCUCAGAAAUCUGCUGCCAUGAUUAAUCGGAUUCCACUGGGAAAGUUUGCAGAAGUGGAUGAUGUGGUUAACAGCAUUCUCUUCCUGCUGAGUGACAAGAGUGCUAUGACAACUGGCAGCUCUCUGAUGGUUGAUGGGGGAUUUCUUGUCUCCUAAGAUGACACCUGCAUUUCACACCUGCCCUUAAUUUUCAUACUAGUACUGCACAGAUGUAAAACGGAUAGAAAACAAUGACACAGACCCAGUCUUGCUGGAGAAGAGGGGCAGCAGGGCUGGAACCUGUAUGAGAAGUGAGGCAGAAAAUUACCUUUGGAAGGCUGCUAUAUAAUAAAGCUCACAUACGCCGUCA